UGAUGUCAUUUCAAAACUUAACUCGCACUCCUAAGUCAACGCGGCGAGUUGCUCACCUCCUAUUCUCCUAUAAAGUCCUCUCUUAUGUUUGGCGGAGCGCCUUAAAAGGAAAACUCCAGGAGGUGAAAUAAAAUAAAGGAGACAACAACCUUCUCUACUAGAGAUCGAAGCAGAAGGAUAUAACAGCAGAAACCCCGGGACCAGAGCCCCUCUUUCUGCGGGCAACGGCGGCUGAACUUUUUCUUUUUUUUUUUUUUUUUUUUUAAACUGCAACCACAAAAAAAUGAAUCGGAGCUUUAAUAAGUCGCAACCUCUGCGGAAUGCGGAUUGUAACGCCGUGGAAGUGAAAAGCAAGUAUGGGGCAGAAUUUCGCCGGUUCUCGGUGGACCGGGUCAAGCCUGGCAAGUUUGAGGAGUUUUACAAGCUCAUUCUGCACAUUCACCGCAUCGCCAAUAUGGAGGUGAUGAUUGGCUAUGCUGACAUCCAUGGUGAUCUGCUGCCGAUCAACAACGACGACAACUUCUGCAAGGCGGUGUCAACGGCUCAUCCACUGCUCAGGAUCUUCAUACAGAGACAAGAAGAGGUUGACUAUGCUAGCUAUGGCACCAACACAAUAACUCGUAAGAAGAAGGCAGUGGUCGCACUUCGCAAUAACGACAUCAACCGCAAGCGGCCACAUAUCCGGAUCGGCAUGCCGCAGGACUUCCGGCCUGUCUCCUCCAUCAUUGAUGUGGAUAUCCUACCUGAAUCUCACCGCCGUGUCCGACUGUAUCGUCACGGCUCGGACAAACCCCUGGGCUUUUACAUUCGAGAUGGAACCAGCGUUCGCGUGACCCCACACGGGCUCGAGAAAGUCCCCGGCAUCUUCAUAUCUCGGCUGGUGCCUGGAGGGUUGGCGGAGAGCACCGGGCUGCUGGCGGUUAAUGAUGAGGUGCUGGAGGUGAAUGGCAUUGAAGUGACUGGAAAGUCCUUAGAUCAGGUAACGGAUAUGAUGAUUGCCAACAGCCACAACCUAAUUGUGACUGUCAAGCCAGUGAACCAGCGCAACAAUGUGGUCCGCAGCAGCAGGAUCUCAGGGAGCUCAGGUCAGUCGUCUGACAGCAGCGGAUCAACUGGCUACCCGACUUUGUCAGUGGCCUCAGUGGGGGCGAUAUCCUCUGGAGCACAUGGUUACCAAGACGACCUGGAGAGUGACGAAGAGACGGAUAUAGUCAUUGAGAGCAGCCUCAAGCGGCCGUCUCAGAGGUCCAAUGCUUCCCUGGCGUCCAGUGUGUCUCGCACACACCAGCAGACACCAACAACAGCUUCAGGCCCAGCGGCACCUCCAAGCCCCCCCACACGUCCUUUAUCGGUGGUCUCCACUGCCUCCUUCCACUCGCAGCCUAGCCUCAACGGAGGGUCCCAGCCCCACCACCACCACCACCACAGCAGCAGCCUCAGCUACCAGCUCCACAGAGACCUGAACCUUCAGCCCAACCCGCACCAACAGUCCCAGCACCGUCAUCACCAAGUACAGCCUCCGCAUCACAGCAGCAACCCAGCCCUCCGCCACAGCAACGGCAGCCUGCACAAAAUCCUCAGCUCUCUGAAAACGGACCCGCGACACAGUCUCGCUCUGCCCAGGGGAGGGGUGGAGGAGGACGGCACCGUCAUUACUCUAUAAUACCUAUAAACAGACUAGCACACAGACAGAAACUUCCCAACUGCUCAGAGACUUAAACUGGAACACCAGGCCGGAUAAAUAUGAGCAUGAGUGUGUUUUGUCAGAUACUAAUUUUGUAACUUCUUUUUGUUUUUACAAAAUAAUUGAUAAUUGGAAGUUACAAGCCAAGAAACAAGGAAAAUGUAUUGUAUAUAUUUCCUGUAUUUUUUAAAGUUGUCUUUGUCUUACAUCAAAAUAUUUGUACGUAUGUGUGUAAUAAGCAUCAGAACAAAUAACUGUUUUUAGGCGAGUCCACUGUAUCCUACAGUUCUGAAUGUGCCUACAGCCUAAUAUCUUUUGCUAGUGACCACUUUUAUUAAGAUCAUUUUUCAUUCUUAUUACUGGGACCAACUUGGGGUUGCUUGUGGAUGUUUUUAAAGAGUAAAUCUAUAUUUCUUAUAUUCUGAUAAAUGCUGUGUAGAGUAUGAUUUUUUUUUUUUUUUUUUAAUAGUUCUUUUAUGCAUUGAUGAUUGUGAUCAAAUCCUUGUAUCUGUUCCAAUAAAUUAUUCUAAGUCUGCAAACUAGAAAUGUGA